AUGUCUUCCCAUAAGGAGAAGUUCUACUUCCUUGCCCCUCCUGACACGCCGGCUAAAGGGCCAAUUUUCCUUGGAGGCAUCAUCAAGACCCCGAAGAACGCUGAUGCACCACUCAACAACGCGCGAAUGCCCAUCGACCAGGAAAAAAUGCCCAUUUACUCUACUGAAGACCACGCACAGUCUUUCUCCUUCAGCAAGCAGCGCGAUUUCUCCACGAGUAUCUGGGCGUCUUUUCUGCGUAUGAUCUUUGGUAUCGGGUGUGAUGUCCAAAGCGAAACGGACAAUCGAGAGUCAGAAGAAUGGAAAGUCAAGACGCUGAAAACCAUGUCCUUCAAUCCCACCCCGGACUACAUACGGCAGAGUUUGGAUAACUCUGAUGUGAAGAAGCAAGUUGCAGACGAUGCAAAUUGGCUGGGGCGAACCACCGUGUAUAUGAUCACCGGCCUGAAACUGGCUUACGGCGCAUCCAGCAUUGUCAAGUAUUCAAAAUCGAAGGGCCUCGAGCUGCGGGCUGGGAUUGAUGCAACAACACUGGCCAUACCAGCCGAAGGCGGGUCGAACAUCGGAGGAGCUCAUAUCGAACAAGUCCAUUUGUCGACGGAGAAGAAGUCGCCUAUCACUUUGGCAUUCCGUAUUCAAGAGAUAAAAGUGCGUUCCUCGGGUGAUAUCGCGAACAAACCUGUCUCGGGUGGCAUGCUUGGUAUGCCAGAGGAGCAGGCAAGGGCGGUAGACCCCGUGUUCGACGUAGAAGGCCUCGAAGAGUGCGACGCGAAUGCGGCAGAUUUCGGCAUUGUUAAGAGCUGGGUCAUAGAGGAAAGUGACGAGAUCUAUGGCUGUGCGUUGGCAAGCAAGUAA